AGCUCUCUCUCUCACUCUCCUGUAUCUCCAGUGUAUUUGUUGUGUUGGGGGGGACCCCAGUUGUGUGUGUGUGAGCGUGUGUGUGUGUUUUAGCCAUUUGCAAGUAUACAGAGGACUGAUAACAUCCCAGGAUGCAUCAGCUGCUCGCCGUGACCUCAGCGCUGGUGGCGCUCUGCUGUCUGGGGAGCGUGGAUUCUUCAGCCUACGACAAGAUCGUCACCCACAGUCGCAUACGGGCCCGGAGUGAAGGGCCCAACGUGUGCGCAAUGCAGCAGGUCCUGGGCACCCAGAAGAAAUACUUCAGCACGUGCAGGAACUGGUACAAACGCUCCAUCUGUGGCAAGAAGGCGACGGCCGUAUAUGAGUGCUGUCCUGGGUACAUGAAGCUGGAGGGUAUGAAAGGAUGCCCUGCAGUGGCUCCCAUCGACCAUGUGUAUGGUACGUUGGGGCUCGUAAAGGCUACAACCACACAGCAGUACGCUGACAUUUCCAAGCUGAGAGAGGAAAUUGAAGGCCAAGGCUCCUUCACCCUGUUUGCACCGAGCAAUGAAGCCUGGGACCUGCUUGACCCUUCUGUGCGGUCUGCACUGGUGAGCAACGUGAACAUCGAGCUGUACAACGCUCUCCACUACCACAUGGUGAACCGACGUCUUCUGACAAAAGGGAUGAAGGACGGCAUGACUGUAAAUUCCAUGUACCAUGACCUGGGGCUCCACAUCAACCACUAUUCAAAUGGGGUUGUGACAGUGAACUGUGCCAGAAUCAUCCACGGUAACCAGGUGGCCACAAACGGCGUGGUGCAUGUGAUCGAUAGGGUCAUCAGCGCCGUGGGCAGCACCAUCAAGGAUGUCCUGGACGUCGACGAGGACCUCUCCUCCUUCAACGCUGCGGCGUUGGCUUCUGGUAUGAUGGACAAGCUGGACCAGCCGGGACAGUUCACCCUGUUUGCACCCACCAACGCAGCCUUUGACAAAUUGAACGCAGGCUACCUGGAGCGUAUCAUGGGCAACAAGGAUGUUAUUGCAGCCCUGGUGAACUACCACCUGCUGAAGACUGUCCAGUGUUCAGAGGCGAUCACGGCCGGAUCGGUGUAUGAGACGGUAGAAGGCAGCAGCAUAGAGAUCGGCUGCGACGGGGACAGUCUGACGGUGAACGGCAUCAAGAUGGUGCUGAAGAAGGACAUUGUGACCACCAACGGCGUCAUCCACCUCAUCGACCAGGUGCUCAUCCCGGACUCAGCCAAGGAAGUGAUGGAGCUGAUGGGAGACACACAGAGCGUGUUCACCGACAUGGUGUCCGAACUGGGAUUAGCCGCCGCCAUGCGUCCGCAGACAGAAUACACGCUUCUUGCUCCAGUCAACGGAGCCUUCACCAAUGAGGUGAUGUCAACAGAUCAAAAUCUGCUGAGGUACAUCUUGGAAAACCACAUCCUGAAGCUGAAGGUCACACUGAGUGAGCUCUACAACGGACAGCUGCUGGAAACACUGGCUGGGCAGUUCCUCCGGGUCUUCAUUUACCGCACUGCUGUGUGCAUAGAAAAUGCCUGCAUGCUGCGCGGCGGUAAGGAGGGAAGCAACGGGGCCGUCCAUCUUAUGAACUCUCUCAUCCAACCGGCCAAGAAGACGAUGUACGAGCUCCUGAUUGCUGACGGGCGGUUCAAGAUGUUCCUGUCACUGAUGGAAACUGCAGAUCUGACUGAUCUGCUGAAGCAGGAAGGCUCCUACACCAUGUUUGCACCAACUGACGAAGCGUUCGCCGACCUGAGUAGAGAAGACUUAGCUCUGCUCAGAAGUGAUCUGAAUGUCCUGAGAACCAUUCUGCUGUACCACUUCAGUAAUGGCAUCUUCAUUAAUGGAGGACUGGAGGGAGGAGUUACCAAUCUGCUCAAAACGCUGCAGGGCAACAACCUGCAAGUUAAGUCUGUUAACAACUCUAUUCACGUCAACUCUGUGGAAGUCCCAGCCAGCGACCUUAUGGCCACAAAUGGCGUGGUCCAUAUCGUGAAGAAUCUUCUCUAUCCCGGAGACCUUCCUGUGGGCCGUCAGGAGCUCAUGGUCAUCCUGCAGAAAGUGAUUAGAUACAUCAAGAUAAAGUAUGUCCCUGGAUUUACUUACACUGAGAUCCCACUCACUUCCUACAAGAGGACCAUCACCACCACUCAUUAUAUUGAAACAGUCCCUGAUGUGACAAAGGUGACCAGGUUCAUCGAAGGGGACCCAUCCAUCCUAACCAGGAUCAUCGAAAUCGGGGAUCCAAGAGUUAACAAGGUUACAAGAGUUAUUGAUGGUGGAGAGUUUGAUGCUGAUGGGAAAAGAAUUACAGGUGGAGCCAGGCACACCACGGUGAACGAGCCUCAUAUCAUUGAGGGUCCAGACUUCUCAAAAAUCACCACCAUCCAUAGCAACCCCGGUCUGAUCCAGGAGGAAUCAGAGAGGAUUACCAAACUCAUUAAGGCGGGAGGUAAAGGAGCGGCCAUCAGAAGACCACCAGUCCCUGAUGUGACAAAGGUGACCAGGUUCAUCGAAAAGGAACCGACUGUCACCACGGUGGGUGAUGAGGGGGACCCAUCCAUCCUAACCAGGAUCAUCGAAAUCGGGGAUCCAAGAGUUAACAAGGUUACAAGAGUUAUUGAUGGUGGAGAGUUUGAUGCUGAUGGGAAAGGAAUUACAGGUGGAGCCAGGCACACCACGGUGAACGAGCCUCAUAUCAUUGAGGGUCCAGACUUCUCAAAAAUCACCACCAUCCAUAGCAACCCCGGUCUGAUCCAGGAGGAAUCAGAGAGGAUUACCAAACUCAUUAAGGCGGGAGGUAAAGGAGCGGCCAUCAGAAGACCACCAGCUGGAAUGAGGAGGGCGAGGCUGGUCAGGCGUCACCACAAGCCGAGGCAGUGAAUCCCAGAACAGCGCCGGGCUCACCGCAGGGACUGAAUGCACCUCGAGCGCUCCUGGUCGAGUGCUGGGGGGUUAAACUAUGGACCAACAGGGAGACAUCGAAUCAUUCUAGCUUUGUGAUUGUUCACCGUUCCACCUGGACCAUACUGUUUGUGAUUGGCAUGAUGUGUAAUAGCAUUGCAGUGACAUUAGAAAUACCCUUCAUGUAAGUGUGCAUGGGAAAUAUGAGUUUGUGCCGUUGGGUAGAUGGUGUGUAAGGUGAGAUAUAUUCUGCCGUAGAGAGUUUUUGCUUUUUUUAAUUAAAGUCAUGUCACUUUUUAAACUUGGCUUGGGAAGAUUUGUCUAUGCUUUUUUAUAUGGUGCUUGCUUUCUGUACAAUAGAUGCAUUUUAAAGAAACCGUGUUUUGCUACCAUUGAUGCUGUAUCGUACCUUUGUAAAUUAUCACAUGGUGAUUAAAAAACACGAUGAAUUUUUA